AUGCUGAAACCCAUGAGCGACGCAACGUUUGCCGAGGUACUUCGCAUCCGGCAGCGCUACAUCGAGGGGAAGGAUGCACGGCUGCAAAGAGCACAGGGCGAGGUUGAGGUGAGUGGGUUUCCUGGCUCGCUGUCCGUCUUGAACGGCAAGCUCACUCUUCGGUCGGAAAGCUGGAAUCACCAGCCCGCAUGGCACAGGCAGAGCGGAAGCAAAGAAGAGGUCUUCCUGUACCGAGAUUCAGCAGAUUCCAAAUGGGUUCUUGGCCUCGAGCUGGGCGAUGGCCAUUCUCGCAUGGCGCAUGUGUACACUUCCUUGGAGUCACCUGCCGAGGGUCUAGUUUGGGAAGUUGAUUGUGGCGAUCGUUGGCUGCCAUAUUUGCCUGCGACCGUGCGGACUGCAAUCCCCGCCACCUUCCAAGGUGACGACGCACCGGCUCACACUGCGCCCAAGUCAAAGCGCUCCCGUGCAAAGAGCGACGAGAAAGGAAAGCGCUCUGCAAAAGAUCCGAGCAAGGAAAGCGUGGUACGAGAAGCUGACAUGCCGAACUGUGUGUGCACAUAA